UCCAUGGGUUUGGUUCUAUCCUGAGUGGCCUGUUGUUAUUUUAAGUAGCAGGUGAUUUGGUGAGUAAUUCUAAAUUGAUGUCAUUUAUGUAGGUUUUAUGUCGAGUUUCAUAAUUAUUUGGCAUGUUUUAAUGAAUAAUUUUGUUAACCGUAACUCAAAGUUUUUCACUACUCAGUAUCUUUUAAUAAAGAAGUGGGCAGUCUAAACCUCCGCGUGCGUUUUCUUCGGCAGAUCACGAAACGUUCAGAAGUACACAUAAAAAACAGUCACCGAGAUUCGCACUGAUAUACCAUAUGUGGCUUAUGAUGGGUUUGGACAUGUUGUUUAUAUGUAAACAAGAGUAGUAAGAGGAUUUAUGCUUGUGGUGUCUCCUCGUUAGACGCUCGUCACUUAUGUCGCCCACCAACACGUAGACCUGCAGCAGUUAGCUCACCCAGGCUGCUGACUCGAAGGCUAUCACUUAGUAGUUUAUUAAUAAAUUCGUACGCUGUUUAGUAAAAAGCGUUAAGGUUCUCCAGGAUGCUUUGUCAACUUAAACAUUUUUUAAACAUCUGAAAUAUAAGCUACUGGCUGUGUCCGUCUGCUGCGAAGGAUCUAAAUUUGUUUAUGCCUGUGACCUAAAUAAGCACAAGAUGGCGCCAGUUUUCUGUUUCAAACGUUCACCUUUCAACAGGUCCCUGACCAACCCGACGACAUGAACAUGUACGCUGUGCCCAGCCCGGGAAUACCAGGCUGUCCACCAGGAUUAGAAUACCUGACACAAGUGGAUCAGCUCCUCAUCAAACAGAAAGUCGAGCUUGUUGAAGCACUAGUUGGUUUUGAAAGCAACAACAAAUAUGAAGUUCGAAACAGCAUGGGUCAGAAUGUCUUCUACGCCGUUGAGGAGAAUGACUGCCUGAGUCGACAGUGCUGCGGCCCCCUGCGCUCCUUCAACAUCCACGUCCUUGACAACUUUGGCCAAGAGGUCAUCACCGUCACCCGGCCGCUUAAGUGCAUGUCCUGUUUCUUCCCAUGCUGUUUACAAGAGCUGGAGGUGCAGGCCCCCCCUGGGAACACAGUGGGCUAUGUGAUACAGCAGUGGCACCCGUUCUCCCCUAAGUUUAUUGUUGCAAACGAACACAACGAGCCCGUUCUGAAGAUCCACGGGCCCUUCUGUGGAUGGAGCUGCCUUCCAGAUGUUGACUUUGAGAUUUUGACAAUGGAUGAAGUCAGUAAGAUUGGGAAAAUCAGUAAGCAGUGGACAGGACUGCUGCGGGAAGCAUUCACAGAUUCAGACAACUUUGGUAUCCAGUUUCCCAUGGAUCUGGAUGUGAGAAUGAAGGCUGUAAUGAUCGGAGCGUGUUUUCUCAUUGAUUUCAUGUUCUUUGAAACCACUAACUAGGAGCCAAACAGGAUUUCCAUGUAACAUUCCUGAAGGAACAAGGUCACAAAGCCAUGAUGAUCAGUCCCAAAUGCCCUAACAUCGAACAACCUUCACAAGGAUCGUUUCAAGAGGGUACAAAAGUGUACUCACAUGUUGUAACAUUGCAUGAAAAAUGAAAUAGAAGGUUUGUUUUAGUCUUAGCUGCUCAGGUUGGUUGUAAAGUCGUGUUAGUGGGAUGUGAGUGCACAAUGCAGUGUUUUCUAUUUUUAUUUUUUUAUUUUUUUUGGGUAAGGAUUGUGUAUUUUGUUUUGAAUUUGUUUUUGUAACUACAUACUUUAGUGUUUGUUUAAAUCGUGGUUACUGAUGCCGUUUGAGAUCAGGGAAACACGUAAUUGCUAAACUAAAUUUGAACUGAAAGAAAGCUCCAUGUAUACGUGAGAGGAAAGGAUUGUUCUUAUUAUUAGUAAUAUGCCCAAGUUUCUGCCCUCUAAAUUUUUAAUUUAAUCAUAUAAAAGUCAGCUUAUGUAACUGAAUAUGUUUGUAGCUAUAUUGUGUGAGAACUAAAUAACUCAUGUAAUGUAGUAGUUUAUAGUUCUCAUUUUUAAUGCCCUUAAUAACUGAUUUGUAUUUUGGUCACACUUGUUUGUGUUCUGCUUUGUGUGCGUUAGUGUGUCUGUGCUAUGAGUGAAAUUGUGUUUGUUUAAACUGAAAUGGCAAUUAUCAUGCUUUAGAAUACAAAGUGUUUAUAUUUUCAAUGCCACGAUGGUUAUACAUUUUUUUUGCUAUUGUUCUUUGUGAGUAAAAACUUGAUAAGCCAUGUCAGUUUUUACCACAAGAGGGAGCCAGAUAUCCACGUAGUAUCUGUUAAUAGUCUAAAUGAACAGUCUUAAUAUCUGCUUAUGCCAUAUAUUUUAUCCAGAUAUCAGAUGGAUGAGAAAUUAUAUUUGUGGACAAACUCAGGUUAAAAUGCAUGCUACUGUGUUGGCUACUUCUGGUAUUAAGAAUAACUCAGCUGCAAUUGAAAACAUUUUUUUUUUUUUUUUUAGCGUUUUGUAUACGUAAUGUUAUUAUUCAUAUUCCCCCUGUUACAUGUAUUAAAUGCAGCAGCUCUACAUUAAUCAAAAGGCAGAACGAUCAUUUAUAAAUAAAAUAGUUUUACAUAGGGACUUAAAUUUAAUUAGGAAUUGUCUGAGGGAUUGUAAUGAAGACAUAUCACAUUAAUGCCAGUAAGUGUUGUAGUCAUGGAAAAUAUAAUAAUAUUAUUAAUAUAAUAUAAAAAUACCCCCUCCUCCAAUCACAGCUAUUCUAUCUAUUGCUCUGCAGAUGUGUAAAGAAAUCUCCAUCUUAAGACUCUUUUUAGAAGCUUAAAGACUUUUUUUUCUUUCAUUUACUAAUCUGCCAGUUUGGAAAGUUAAUGUUGCUUGUACAAACUUAAAAUGUGUCUAGGGUGCUUUAUUCUGCCUUCAGAGUACUAACUUUUUUUUUUUUUAACUCCUUUUUAGGCAUUGUUUACUUCAUUUUUAAUAUUUUUUUUUUCCAAAAUAUUUAAGUUCUUAAGAUGGAUAAUAUUUUUGCAGUCUUUUUUCCUUUUUACAUAAACAAUCCAGGUUAUGUAAAUCUGAGUCACAUGUUUGCCAGUAGCCUCAUUAUUUUUCAAAUCUGUAUUGUUAGAAAGCAGUGAUGGUAAAAGAUGUCAAGGAUCCAUCCACAAAUAUCAAAGUCAGAAUGUGAUAUUGUGCCAGUUUUGCUAUUUCCAAUCAAAACAAAUUAAAGUCCUUAUUCUUCUACUUUUGCACUAAUACAGAUAAUUAAAGCAGUUUAGUCAAACUGAGCUUAACUUAAAUUGUGCAAAUAAUCAAUGAACACGCUUAAAUAAAAAAUUUAAACUGA